UCGGAAAAUUCACUUUUUUUCAACGUUAAAUCUGUGUGCGCAUGUGCAAGUGAUUUACGGAAAUCUGCGGUGUUUUAUGUGCGCGUAAAUAUUUGCGUUUAUUAAGAACACGGGAAAUUUUUGUUUGAGUGUUGAGUUGAAUCUGCGACAUUUGUGCAAAUAUUGUAUUUUCCACAUCGCAAUAUGAGUAAUCAACAAAAUAUGCCUGGACGCGUCCGUUCGGGUGAUAGUAUCCGAACACUGGAGUCUUUCGAUUCGGCCAAGGAGGAACGCAUUCGGAAAAUGUUUAGUUGGAGUAGUAAUGCCAUACGCGACAAUUCGGCGAUGAGCGAGCGCGUGGAGCCUGUAACACCAGGCCCGGAUUUAGUCGAUGUGGAUGUGCAAGCACCACCGCCUACAGGCGGCCAUCUUCCUCCGCCAUUGAACACGCAGCAGUCGACGAUAUGGACGCGCAAAUCGCAGGCGGUGUGCGUUCGACACGCGUACAAACAUUAUGGAUCCAACAAGAAUCCGAAUCAUGUUCUCAGCGAUUUGAAUAUGACAGUUCAAAAGGGCACAAUUUAUGGAUUGUUGGGUGCUUCCGGAUGCGGUAAAACCACACUCCUUUCAUGUAUCGUCGGUCGAAGACGACUGAACGAAGGUGAGAUCUGGGUCCUCGGAGGUCGACCAGGUACUAAAGGUUCAGGUGUGCCUGGUAAACGAGUCGGGUACAUGCCGCAAGAAAUUGCUCUCUACGGAGAAUUUACCAUCAAGGAGACCAUGAUGUACUUCGGAUGGAUCUUUGGUAUGAAGACUGAGGAGAUCAACGAACGACUGCAGUUCCUGCUCAAUUUCCUUGACCUUCCCAGUCAGAAUCGCAUGGUGAAGAACCUCAGUGGAGGUCAACAACGUCGUGUAUCUUUCGCUGUGGCACUUAUGCACGACCCGGAACUGCUGAUUCUCGACGAGCCGACUGUUGGAGUGGAUCCUUUGUUGCGACAGAGCAUCUGGAAUCAUCUGGUGCAGAUUACCAAAGAUGGUAACAAGACCGUCAUUAUUACCACGCAUUAUAUCGAGGAAGCACGACAAGCACACACUAUUGGUUUGAUGCGCAGCGGUAAACUUCUCGCUGAAGAAUCACCUCAACGUUUGUUGAGCAUCUACAACUGCUCAUCACUUGAAGAUGUUUUCUUGAAGUUGUCACGUAAACAAGGACAAGUCACCGCAGCAGUUCCAGAGAAUACCAAUAUCAGUACCAAUAUGAACAUGGCGCUCAACUGGGAUAAAAAGAAUGAAUCUGUUUGCGUUACUGAUGAGAGUGGUGUUGUUGGAUUGAACUUCCACCAGAGCAAAGAAGUGCUUAUACAUGAAAGUCAAAAUGGACAUUUAGAUAAAAUUGGUAAAGGAGGACCAAAAGACGAUUCGCCAAUGUGUGACGAUUGCAGCUGCUCGGAUAUAACAUCCGUGGGUAAAAUCAAAGCCCUUCUGCAGAAAAACUUCCUGCGGAUGUGGCGUAACGUCGGCGUGAUGUUGUUCAUCUUUGCGCUGCCCGUGAUGCAAGUGAUACUCUUCUGUUUGGCCAUUGGACGCGACCCCACCGGACUCAAGCUGGCCAUCGUCAACCACGAAGCAAACUACACGAAUAUGACCUACCAGGGCUGCAUGUAUGAAACCGGGUGUAAAUUCUCGAAUCUCAGCUGUCGAUAUCUAGAUAAUUUGAAAAACACAACCAUUGUCAAAGAGUAUUAUCCUGAUCCGGAAUCAGCUAUAAAUGCUGUUAGAACGGGGAAUGCUUGGGGUGCAUUGUAUUUUACUGAGAACUUUACUGAUGCUUUGGUUGCAAGAAUGGCGCUGGCGAAGGAUGCUGAUGAGGAAACAUUGGAUCAGAGUGAAGUGCGAGUUUGGCUUGAUAUGUCAAAUCAACAAAUUGGAAUCAUUCUUCAAAGAGAUUUGCAGUUGUCUUAUCAGGACUUUGCUAAGAAUCUGUUGAAGGAGUGUGAACAGAACACUGCGAUCGCCGAUGUACCAAUCAGCUUCAAAGAACCCAUUUAUGGAAGCUCCAAACCAUCUUUUACUGAUUUUGUUGCUCCUGGUGUUAUUUUAACGAUUGUUUUCUUCUUGGCUGUCGCUCUGACAUCCUCAGCUCUAAUCGUGGAACGCAUGGAAGGAUUAUUAGAUAGAUCCUGGGUCGCUGGAGUCUCCCCAGGUGAAAUCCUCUUCUCCCACGUCGUGACCCAAUUCGUAGUGAUGUGUGGCCAAACCGCCUUGGUGUUAAUCUUCAUGAUCCUUGUCUUUGGAGUGCAAUGCAAAGGUGACAUCGGUUGGGUCAUCUGCCUUACCAUCCUCCAAGGUCUCUGCGGAAUGUGUUUCGGUUUUGUUAUCUCCGCCGUUUGUGAAUUGGAGCGUAAUGCUAUUCAAUUAGCUCUGGGUAGUUUCUACCCAACGCUACUGUUGAGUGGUGUCAUCUGGCCCAUUGAAGGUAUGCCAACGGUGCUGCGCGCUGUUGCUACCUUCCUGCCAUUAACAAUGGCUACCACUGCGUUACGAGCAAUGCUAACGCGUGGUUGGGAAAUCGUCGAGAAGGAUGUUUACAUGGGUUUCGUCGCCACGAUCACAUGGAUCGUCCUCUUCUUGUCAAUCAGCUUCCUCGUGCUCAAGUUCAAGCGCGGGUGAAUGCGGCAUUUAACUUAUAUAGCCUUAUAUUAAUUACUUAAAUUAAAGCGAGAAGCGAAACGUACGCAAAUGGCGACCGAGCCGCACACAAAUUCGGAAUUGGGGAAUUAAAAGAGAUAGCUUUCAAUGGAAAAAAAUUAAAAUGAAGAUUCAAGGAUGUUGUAAAAGCGUUUCGAAACAAUUCUUGUUAUUAUACAACGAAAUGAAACAUUUAGUCAUUAAAUGUCAAUAUUUUCUUGUUUCUUGACUGUUACCGUAAUAUUUAUCUGAUAGAAAUUGUUCUUUCGCUUUGUCUCUGUCACAACAUUUACUACUUAACGCACUACUUGAUUGUUGUCUUUUUCUUUGCCUCUCUCUCUGUACCUUAAUAACAUUUGGGUUUUGUUUAUUUUUUUAAUAUUGUGUGUGUGUGUGGUUUUCUACUAAUUCACGAGUGUGUUGCUUUUGUAUAGAAUGUGUGCGUGUGGAUUCAGACGUAAUAUCGAUCGAGUGCUCAAUAAUUGUUUAGUUAAUUGUAAUUUUCUUAUUAUUUCUGUUGUUAAACAAGAUUAGAUGUAUCUUAGGUGACGAGGAGGUGUGAUGAAUGUGAAUAUUAUCAUAUAUGAUGUGUAUAUUACAAAAUUUAAUUGAUUGUGAAUUUUUUAAUUCGAAAUAAAUUGAAUAUUUUAAACAAA